CUGUCCAGUUUUCCCAGCACCACUUAUUGAAGAGGCUGUCUUUUCUCCAUUGUAUAUUCGUGCCUCCUUUAUCAAAGUGUUGUUUACAGAGCUAACAUGUCACAUUGUGAUACAGUCCAAUUUAUCAUUUCUUCUUUAAUGGACCAUGCUUUUCAUAUUGCAUCCCCAAACUCAUCACCAAGCCCAAGACAUGCUGCUGCUCAAGAAACAGACGGAGGACAUCAGCAGCGUCUAUGAGAUCCGGGAGAAGCUCGGCUCGGGCGCUUUCUCCGAGGUGGUGCUGGCCCAGGAGCGGGGCUCCUCACACCUUGUCGCCCUCAAGUGCAUCCCCAAGAAGGCCCUUCGAGGCAAGGAGGCCCUGGUGGAGAACGAGAUCGCGGUGCUCCGCAGGGUCAGCCACCCCAACAUCGUGGCUCUGGAGGACGUCCACGAGAGCCCUUCCCACCUCUAUCUGGCCAUGGAGCUGGUGACGGGGGGCGAGCUGUUCGAUCGCAUCAUGGAGCGCGGCUCGUACACGGAGAAGGACGCCAGCCACCUGGUGGGGCAGGUCCUUGGUGCCGUCUCCUACCUGCACAGCCUGGGCAUCGUGCACCGAGACCUCAAGCCUGAAAACCUCCUCUAUGCCACGCCCUUCGAGGACUCCAAGAUCAUGGUCUCUGACUUUGGCCUCUCCAAAAUCCAGGCUGGCAACAUGCUAGGCACCGCCUGUGGGACCCCGGGCUAUGUGGCCCCGGAGCUCUUGGAGCAGAAACCCUACGGGAAGGCCGUAGAUGUGUGGGCCCUGGGUGUCAUCUCCUACAUCCUGCUGUGUGGGUACCCCCCCUUCUAUGAUGAGAGCGACCCCGAACUCUUCAGCCAGAUCCUGAGGGCCAGCUACGAGUUUGACUCUCCCUUUUGGGAUGACAUCUCAGAAUCAGCCAAAGACUUCAUCCGGCACCUUCUGGAGCGAGAUCCCCAGAAAAGGUUCACCUGCCAGCAGGCCUUACAGCAUCUUUGGAUCUCCGGGGAUACAGCCUUUGACAAGGACAUCCUGGGCUCAGUUAGUGAGCAGAUCCAGAAGAAUUUUGCCCGGACCCACUGGAAGCGAGCGUUCAAUGCUACCUCCUUCCUGCGCCACAUCCGCAAGCUGGGGCAGACCCCGGAGGGGGAGGACGCCUCGGGACGGAGGGUGAUGAGCCACGGCCACCCGGGCCUCCGCACUGGCCAGCCCCCCAAGUGGUGACACCCAGGCUGAGCGCACGGACCCCCAGACUCCCUUCCAAUGGACCCUUUCAGUCCCCCCCACCUCCCCCUCCCGCCCCAGGGCACCUCUGCGGUAGAGCUUGAGCCCUGUGGGUGUGGUGCAGGGCACUGGGGUGGGCGCUGUUGGGGCACGUCCACAGAUUUCCCUCCCCUGUCGCUGCCACACCCCGUCUAGAGACCAAGAGGCCCAGGGGCUGUCCUUCCCGUGCUGUUCUGUGCUUUGCUGACUGUGGGUGGUCCUGCUUGUGUCGUGGCCCUCCAACCUCCCUCCAGUCUUCCCCAAAUCAAUAAAGACAGACAGAGCAA